AGCUUGUCUACGAACUUUAAGAUUAUCCUCCACAAUGUCACAACAAUCGGCCUUCAGUUCUCCUGGAUUCGACUUUUCUAACUCUGUUAGAAAUAAUUUCCUCCAGGAGAAGGGCAUGCCCCUUCCAAAGGCUACCAGCACCGGUACCACAAUCGUAGGCUGUCUUUUCAAAGAUGGCAUUAUCCUUGGUGCCGACACGCGUGCCACAGAAGGCGAAAUAAUUGCAGACAAGAACUGUGAAAAGAUCCACUACAUAACAGAAUCGAUCCGGUGCUGUGGUGCAGGUACUGCUGCAGACACCGAGUUUACCACCGCGUCGAUAUCAUCAAAUAUGGAGCUCCAUGCUCUGUCCACUGGGAGAAAGCCAAGAGUGGUCACUGUGAUGACUAUGUUGAAGCAAUACCUUUUCCAAUACCAGGGCCAUGUCGGAGCUGCUCUUGUCCUUGGCGGAGUUGACUCUACUGGGCCACAUCUUUUCACCAUCCAUCCACAUGGGUCUACAGACAAGUUGCCUUACGUGACCAUGGGCUCCGGAAGCUUGGCAGCUAUGGCUGUUUUUGAAAGCAGCUGGAAGCCAAACAUGGAGCGCAACGAAGCUUUGGCCCUAGUGUCUGCCGCUGUCUCAGCUGGUAUCUUCAACGACCUUGGCUCAGGGUCCAACGUUGAUGCAUGUAUCAUUACCGCCACGCAAACGGAGAUGCUUCGCAAUUUUGUCAAGCCCAACGAGCGGGUAGAGAAGGAACGCCAUUACACAUUCAGAAGAGGGACCACAGCAUGGAAGAGCGAAAACAUAAGAGAUUUGAUUGUUAACGAAGACAUCACCCUUGUAGGCGCCACCGGUGAUGCCAUGGACAUUAGCUAGACGAGAUCGACAAAUGAUACUUGGAUUCCUUUGCACACUGACAAGAUUUGGUUAGGCAGCAAUGUUUUUAUCUUUCUCCUUGUCCUGUGGAUGCUUGAUUGUAUGAUGACAUUCACCGUGCCUGCUCGGUCUUACAAUUCGAGGACCGAGGACAGUAAUCUUUGGGCGCGUCGAUUGUUUCCACAGUCCGGUUAUUCGCUCUCUUAACUCUAGUUAUACUACCAAUGCUUUUCAUGUUAUUCUUCAAUAUUUCUGCUCAUCAACUCGAAGACAAGCGCAACGCGAAGAUGUGAACGUUUGCGCUGCUCUCAA